AUGAGAGAGAGUGGAGAGGGAGAGAGUGGAGAGGAAGGGGGGGGGAAGGAGAGAGAGGGGAGAGGAAGGGGGAGAAAGGGAAGAGAGUGGAGAGGAAGUAAGAGGAAAGGAGAGAGAGUGGAGAGGAUGGGGGAGAAAGGAGAGAGAGUGGAAAGAGUGGAGAGGGAGAGAGUGGAGAGGAAGGGGGGGAAAAGGAGAGAGAGUGGAGAGGAAGGGGGGAAGAGAGAGAGUGGAGAGGAAGUAGGGAGAAAGGGUAGAGAGUGGAGAGGAAGUGGGGAGAAAGGAGAGAAAGAGAGUGGGGAGAGUGGAGAGAAAGGGAAAAAAGUGUGGGGAGGAUGUGGGGAGAAAAAAGAGAAAGAGUGGGGAAGUUGUGGGGAGAGAGGGUCAUUCAAAACGUUCGUAGACUGUUGUCCUAACUUUUUUUAA